GGCAUCUUUUGUUUCCAUAAUAAUACUAAUAUAGUGUUGAACGAUUUAGUCAUAUAAAGAUGUCGAAAUAAAUGGAGAUUGAGAUAAAUUAUUGACCGUAUUAACAAUCAACUAAUAGUAAAAUAAUUUUGGUUUCCUCUAAUACAAUUAAUAUUAAUAAAUCAAUAAAACAAAAAAAACUUAUGGCCUUGCACUGCAACAGUCGAGCAACAGGGUGACGCUAAUUAACACUGAGAUUUCUAUGAUUAUCAAAAAAUAAAGCAUAAACGAUCAUAAAAAAAUAUUAAACAAUAAAUAGAGCUAUCUAAAUGGCAUUAAUAUUGCAAGAAAAUUGUACAAACGACGAAAAAAGUUGUACAAUGUGUGCUUGAAAAAUAAGUAAUUUAAUUAAAUUUUAAUCAUCCAAGUGAACUAAGAUUAAAGAAAAAAUUCUUUUUAAAUACAAUUUAUCCAAUAAUUAAUACACAUAAAUUAUAAAACAAAAAGUUAACGAAUGGUUGAACCGAACGGAUUUUAACAGUAGGCUCCCACAAAUUCCGAUAAUGCCACACUGUGGAACAUCUAAUACUGAAAUUAAUUUAAACUCAAGCGAAUUAAUCAAUUACCAGAAAAAUAGGAGCAAUGAGGAUCUACAAAACAAGCACGAUAAAAAAUAUUCAAUCAAUUUGAAAACGGGACAGGUCACUGAUGGUGGGUGCAAUGACCAAUAUACGCAAUUAACUGACAACAAAAUAGAACAAUAUAACUGCAAUGAUUUUGAUAAAGUUUGUAUUGUACCAUCAAGUAGAUCAGACGGAAUGGAGGCAUCGUUAUCCGAACUCCUUUUAAGUCCGAAUAAAUCAAUUUCCCAGCCUUGGCAAGCAGCAGAAGAAAUAGAAAGUUGGCAAGAUGACAGUUUUCGCCAUCGAAAUGAAAUGUUUUCUUGUAUAUAUACGAAUAGUAUGCUAAAUCAGCAGCAAUGCUCGCAACAGCAGCUUUUGGCCACACAACUUUUAUAUGCUCGGCUUCUUCGGUCUCAGUUAGCUGAACGGGAAUCCCAUUCGAAUAAAUUCAACAUGGUUCAUUAUUCAGGAUCUAAAAAGACCAUGCUUCGACAAGAUGAGCUUCUAUCAACCCCAUCUUCGCAGGAUAAUAAUAACAAUAUUAAGUUAAUUCAUGAUAUCGAAAACAGCUUAAGUUGUGUAGAUCCCCCUUUGUUUGAAUUUUCUAACAUUCAUCAAAGUCAAAGAGAGGAACAAAAAAAUAAACAAGAUGACAAAAACUGUUACUCACCAAAAUUAAAAUCGAACAAGGAAGCCCUAGAUGGGUACGACUUACAACACACAUGUGAUUUUAUCAGGGAGCAAAAAAACAUUCUUAUCGACAUUAAAAAACAACUAGAAAAUCUCUCAGAUAGCUCAGGUAAAUUUAGGAAAAGGUUAAGUGUGCGUCAAAGUCACAUUGAAGUAAAUAAUGGCUCUAAUUCAGCCCUAGAGGAAAGUGUAAGACGACAACUAAAUGGAAAUCGCAAGUCUAUUGAAAACUUACUGGAAGAGGUAAAAAGAUUAUAUAAUCAAUGGAGCAGCGCUGAGCUCUAUUAUGUUCGCAGCUUACAACGCUUAGGACUCCCAUCAGAGGAAGAUGGUGAAUAUACAUCUACACCAACACAUACUAUUAUGGCAUUGGCUGCUAUAGCUCUGUCUAAUGAAAGUGAUAUUUUGCCACAGAAAACAACUGCAGUGCACUCUAAGAUUCCAGAUAUUGAAAGGGAGUCCGAUUUGUUUUUGACCUCAGCAAAACCUAAAACGUUGGUCGAAAUAGAGGAUAUAAUAUUACAACUCGCAUCAGCUGUUAAUAUGCAUCAAUCCAGCGCUGCUAGCACCACUCAUGAAUCCUACAGUGAUAGUGUUAAAAGCGAUUGCGAAGAAUCAAACUCAGCACCCACUUGCAUAUGGCAUUCGACAAGGCGAACCUUUCGCCGCAAAAAAGACGUUGAGCCUUGUAGCACUGCAGCUGAGAUUAUUUUAGAAUAUGCUUCAUUGUCUUCAUCUUCUCCCGCUGAAACCUCCCGCUUGCUUACAUCUGCAUCAAAUUUUACAGAUGUUACAGAAAAUUAUAAUGUCACAACGCAAUUGCCUAUUGUGUUUAAUUACAAUCGAGAAAGUUCAGCUGUGUCAAUCAUUACCGAUCCUCUAAUUCUUCCUGAGUUUUCUACUGCAUCUUCAACCCCAUCGACUAGUAGUAAUAGUGGAUGCUCUACUGGAAUGGUUACUGGAAUUUUCGGGCUAAGUCAAAACCGAAGAAAACAAAGACUUGCAAAGCACAUUGAAACUCUGCCUACGAAUUCUUUUAAAUCGAAUGCAAUAAGGGGAAAUGGUGACAACGAAAUCGCUAGUCAGCUAAAAACGUCGCCAUCAAUUACAGCAUCGCCGACUGAAAAUGUUUCCCAUUUAAUUACUAAGACAUUGUCUUCGCCUAAUGCAUCUUUAACAGCGCAGGAACUUUCCAUAACUAAUCUGUUUAAAGAACGCCUAUGCGCUUUACAGGGGAAUGCCGGAUCAAUGAAGACUGAAAUUUUUCCCAUAAUAGAUGCCCCAUACGACUUAAGUAUUGGAAGCAAGACAAAACACAUGAACCUGGAAGCAAAACACUCAUCAAAUGCGCAAUCAAAUGAAUCCAAGGAGGCAACAAAUGAUAAAAAAAAACCCCAUAUUAAGAAACCACUAAAUGCGUUCAUGCUCUAUAUGAAGGAAAUGCGUGCUAAGGUUGUUGCCGAAUGCACACUAAAGGAAUCGGCUGCGAUUAAUCAGAUUUUAGGAAGACGGUGGCACGAACUUUCCCGCGAAGAACAAAGCAAAUAUUACGAAAAAGCUCGACAAGAGCGCCAAUUGCAUAUGGAAUUGUAUCCGGGGUGGAGCGCACGAGAUAACUAUGGUUACGUGUCAAAAAAGAAAAAGCGAAAAAAAGACAGAUCGACAACGGAUUCGGGAGGUAAUAAUAUGAAAAAAUGCCGCGCCCGUUUUGGACUAGAUCAACAGAGUCAGUGGUGCAAACCGUGCAGGCGCAAAAAGAAAUGUAUUCGUUAUAUGGAAGCCCUGAACGGCAAUGGGCCUGCCGAGGAUGGCAGUUGUUUUGAUGAACACGGAAGUCAGCUAAGUGAUGACGACGAAGAUGACUACGAUGAUGAUAAACUUGGCGGAAGUUGUGGAAGCGCCGACGAAACCAAUAAAAUAGAAGAUGAGGACUCGGAAUCCCUUAAUCAAUCUAUGCCAAGCCCAGGCUGUCUUAGUGGAUUGUCCAGUUUACAAAGCCCAUCGACAACAAUGAGCUUGGCAAGCCCACUUAACAUAAAUGCAAAUUCAGCAACCAAUGUUAUAUUUCCUGCUUCUUCUAAUGCGGUUUUAAUUGUCGGCGCAGACCAGUCGACAGUACAGCAACGGCCAACAUUGGUGUCAACCUCGGGAUCGAGCAGCGGUUCAACCAGUAGCAUAAGUACAACCCCAAAUACGUCAAGUACAGUUUCGCCAGUUACAUGUAUGACCGGUCCGUGUCCAGGUUCAUCUCAGGAACGAGCCAUGAUGCUUGGAAAUCGGUUCAGUCACUUGGGAAUGGGGCUAAGUCCUCCAGUAGUUAGCACGAGCACUAGUAAAUCUGAACCAUUUUUUAAGCCUCAUCCCACAGUUUCCAAUAAUCCUAUCUUUUCAUUGCCGUCAAUUGGUAAUUGUAGUUUAAAUAUUUCUUCAAUGCCAAACACAUCCCGAAAUCCUAUUGGUGCUAACCCACGAGAUAUUAAUAAUCCCCUUAGCAUCAAUCAGCUGACUAAAAGACGUGAUUAUAAAAAUGUUGACUUGAUUGAAGCUAGUGAGUCAAAGACUAUAGUUGCCCAUGCCGCUUCAUCCAUUAUUCAACACGUAGCAGUGAACGGCUAUCAUGCUAAUCACUCGCUUUUAAAUAGCAACUUAAGCCAACUUCAUCACCAAUUAAAUAGUCGUACGGAAAAAGCCAAUAGAAGUGAGAAGGCGAUGCUGUCCGUAAGUAAUCAUUCUGUAAAUAGCAAUGAAUGCCAUAAAGAAUCUGAUUCGCAAGCUAUUGUAUCUAGCAAUCCUCCAAACGCUGGAUCUUCCGAUAACGGCGUUAUUAGCGUUUCAUAACUGAUCGCCAGGGAUUUGUAGAAUUGAUUAAUUAAAAUUUUAAUGUUUAUGUGUGAGAAAGUAAUUAAAAUAAAAACAUACGUGCAAUAAUUAUUAUUCUCGCCAGUCCAAAGCCAUCUUAUGAAACAACAGGCCAUCAAAACUAGUGCCACGACUCACAUCGCAAUAUUUCGAUUUUGUUUUUUUAAUAAAAAUAAACAUAGAAUUGGUGCACAAAAAUCUUUCGGAACGACUCCAACUGAGGCCAACCUUAAGGAUUUCUAUAAAGAAACACGAGUCAAAUCUCAGGCUAGGCCGUGCCAAAUAGAAUAAACAGACAAUACACACUAAAACUUAGUUACAUAAACAUAUAUUUCAUUAGACUCUAUAUAUCAAUGAAACCAUUUUGUAUAGUUUUCUUCUUAUUUAGCUUUAACCUACCAAAUUAUGUAUUUUAUUUUAAAAUUGGACACUUGCCAAAAUCCAUUAAUUAAUGCCUCGCCCGCACAUAUGUAUUUGGUCAUAUUUGUUGUGAGUAUAAUUAGUUAAAUGGUUUCUGCACUAAAGCUAGGAGAACAAAAAACAUGGACUACGACGAUUGUCGAAUCACUUAGGCUCUUGUAUCCUAAACUUGUUCGUGUGUGGUUGGUUGAGUGUUUCAUCAAAGAAC